CAGCGCACGUGGCAACAUCGGACUUCCAUUUUCCUCAUCUUUACACUCAUUAUGUCGGAUUCUUCCACGGCUUCUGUCGACAUCUACGACUCGUUACCGUACUACGAUGAUGACCUUGAAAAGUUUCCUUUUCUCAGACAAAAGGUGGAACAAGAAUUUGCACGACAACCAAAGCUUCCAUCUUCCGUUCAUCCACGCUUGCCUCCACCGUAUGAGCUUUUCUCGAAGAAUCCUUUGCUCAAGGCAGAACUUGAACGCGUCGAGUCACAUCAGCCGUUUCCUUCCCUAGAUACUUUGCGAUAUCAGCUGCCGACACCUUCACUACCCGGCACGGACGACGAAUGGCAAGCGGCAAUACAAAAUGCUCGCUCUCAGCUGGAACAUCAACGUCUACGACAAACCAACUUGACGUUACUACAAACAUAUGGACCAAACGCAUGGCGAACACAAAACUACCUUCUCGAAAACACUGCCAAGCAGGUAGAACAGGCGCUGGAGCAGCUGAAGGAACUGACAGUGGAAGUCAAUCGCAGCCGCAAGAAUAACCAGACUGAAUUGGGCAACCAACUGACAUCGCUGGAGACUCGAUGGACGGACCUGAUAUCAAAUGUGCUACAGAUAGAGAUGGCCAAUGUUGCGCUGGAUGUUGAGAUAGACCGACUAAAUAAGAGGGAAGCUGAAUUGGCUGAGAUGACUUGAGAUUUUCGUACUCUAGUUUUAGCAGCUUGUAUUCCUAACAACGACAAACUCAUUCACCCGUU